UUCCUCGGUUAAAUAUAUCACUCAAGAGAAAACCCUAAUCGCCGCCCACCUUAAAGCCGGAGAGAGAGAGACAGAGCUCCAGUUCCGUCGUCAGAAGAAUCAUGGGUAAGGUACACGGGUCGUUGGCUCGUGCCGGUAAGGUGAGAGGUCAGACCCCGAAAGUGGCUAAACAGGAUAAGAAGAAGAAGCCACGUGGUCGUGCCCACAAAAGGAUGCAACAUAAUCGCCGUUUCGUCACCGCCGUUGUUGGAUUUGGCAAAAAGAGAGGACCCAACUCGUCUGAGAAGUAGAUGAAGAUGAACGAUCACUGGAUGAAGCUUGAGAAGUUUUGCAUUUUUCUUUUGUUUUGAUGUCUCGUUUAAUGUGUUACAUGUUUUUCUGGUGAUGGAUCAUUCGUUACUACGAGUUCUGCAAUAUCUAUAGACAAUGUAAUUUUCUCAUUUCAUAUCUCAAUCAAAUCGACUUUUGAUCUUGUUUUUUUCAA